ACUCCGGGCGCCUCUGAUUGGCCGGCAGCUGGGCCAGGGUGUCAGCGGCGGCUGCGGCCAGGCUGGCCCUGGGUGCCUGCGGCACAGGCGACUCCCUCGCAGCCACUGCUGCCGCGCUCUCUCGCCUCCAGGCUGCUCCUGGACUCCCGCUGCGGCUGCAGUUCUGGUGGCCGAGCCCUGCGGCGUUGCAGCUCGGAGCAGGCGCGCCGACCCACCUGCACUCCUGCCUCUCAGCUGGCAGCCCCCUAACACACGCGCUGCGCUGCGGCAGGUGCCCCAGACACCCUGAGGCGCGUUGGCCCGAGCCUGGCCACCAUUGAUGACCCAGGUCACGGACCUACUCCAGCCUGGCUACCGCGUGUCUUGUUUCAUCGCCCGUGUCUGGCCUUGAAUCAUGGGGAGGAAGCUGGACCUGUCCGGGCUGACCGAUGACGAAACCGAGCACGUGCUCCAGGUGGUUCAGCGGGACUUCAAUCUUCGGAAGAAAGAGGAAGAGCGUCUAAGCGAGAUGAAGCAGAAGCUGGACGAGGAGGGCAGCAAGUGCCGCAUCCUCUCGAAGCACCAGAAGUUCGUGGACCACUGCUGCAUGCGCUGCUGCUCGCCCUUCGCCUUCCUGGUCAACACCAAGCGCCGCUGCGGGGACUGUGCCUUCAACGUCUGCAAGAGCUGCUGCUCCUACCAGAAGCACGAGAAGGUGUGGAUCUGCUGCGUCUGCCAGCAAGCCAGGCUUCUGAGAACCCAGUCUCUGGAAUGGUUCUACAAUAAUGUGAAGAGCCGUUUCAAGCGCUUCGGCAGCGCCAAAGUCCUGAAAAACCUGUACAGGAAACACCGGCUGGAGAGCGGAGCAUGCUUCGACGUCCUAGGAGGAAGCUGUUUUGAGACGAACCUGGAGAAUGAAGGCAGUGUUUCAGGCAGCGAUUCAACGUUCUACAGGCAGUCAGAAGGGCACAGCAUGAUGGACACGUUGGCCGUUGCCCUGCGUGUGGCCGAGGAGGCCAUCGAGGAGGCGAUUUCCAAAGCAGAAGCCCACGGGGACAGCCUGGACAAGCAGAACGAGGCCAGUUACCUGCGGGACCACAAGGAGGAGCUCACCGAGGAGCUGGCCACAACCAUCUUGCAGAAGAUCAUCCGGAAGCAGAAGAGCAAAUGCGAGCAGCAGGUGGAAGAAGAGCCGGAGUGGGCCCCGCCCCGGAGCUGCAGGGCAAAGGCUGCCAAAGAUGAGGGCACCGCGGCCUCCAACGGCCUCUGGCAGCCCCCGUCUGCAUUCUCACCCACCGGAGAAGAUGCCCUGAAGACCUCUUCACCGGAGGCUGUGUCCGGGCAGCCGGGGACCCCGGGCCAGCGGCCGAGGGAGGAGUCGGCGUUGCCCAGCUGGGAGAGCGUGGACAGGCUGGACCGGACAAACCUGGCCCCAGUUUUGCAGAGCCCCGAUGGGAACUGGCUGGCCCUGAAGGAUGGCGCUCUGCCCCCGACACGCCUGCUGGCCAAGGCUAAGAGUGGCACGUUUCAGGCCCUGGAGGCUGCUUCCAGCGUGGCAUCCGCCUACGACGAGAUGGGCUCUGACAGCGAGGAGGACUUUGACUGGGGUGCGGCCCUGAGCACACUGUGCCCACGGCCCCAGGGUCUGCCCGCGACCCCCCAGCCUCAGCCCACGCAGGCCCAAGGCUUGGACUGUGGCCUCUCUGCCGCCUCCGCUUCCUCCAGGCUGUCCCUCAACCCCGAGGCCAUGUGCUCUGACUCCGAGACCUCCUCCACGGGCUCUUCCCGGGAAGCUGGGCGCCGGGCCAGGCUGUCCUGGUUGCAGAGGAAGGCCCCCAGGAACCCUGCAGCUGAAAAGAUGCACCUCCAGGGAGAGCUGGACGUGAACUUCAAUCCCCAGGCAGCCAGCAGGGAGACCUCGGACAGCAGCGAGCCCGAGGAGGCCCCCCACGCUGCAGACCGGCGGGCCAGGAGGUGGAGGAGGGCCCGCCUGGGCUCCGAGGAGCCAAGCAAGGAGCUACCUUCCCCCAGUGCCCGUUCCCAGGAGCUGAACACACACCAGGUGUCAGGUGACGUAUCAGAGAGCGACCUCACCGUCGAGACCCAGCACCCCCGGACCAGUGCAGACGCCACCGAGGAGGAUAAACUGAGGAACAAGCUGUUCGAGCUGGCAAUGAACAUGAGCGAGAAGGAGACCUCCUCGGGGGAGGAUCAGGAGUCCGAGUCCAAGACGGAGUCGGAGAACCGGAAGGAAAGUCUGUCCUCUGAGGACAACAGCCAGAGCAUCCGGGAGGAGCUGAUGAAGAAGUAUUCUGCUGUUUCUCUCUGCAACAUCUCCACAGAAGUCCUGAAAGUCAUCAACGCCACGGAGGAGUUGAUAGCAGAGUCCACGGGGCCCUGGGAGUCCCCACCUGUCCCUCCUGACAGAGAGAAGGGGACAUUUCCUCUUGGGACAGACCAAGUGAGGCUGGACGAGCAGCUGACCUCCCUGGAAGAAAACGUGUACCUGGCGGCAGGCACGGUGUACGGACUCGAAGGCCAGCUGAGUGAGCUGGAGGACGCUGCCCGGGGCAUCCACAGCGGCACCAACGAGACCGAACUGGCAGACCUGGAGGACCAGGUGGCCACGGCUGCAGCCCAGGUCCACCAUGCUGAGCUCCAGAUUUCUGACAUCGAGAGCCGGAUUUCAGCCUUGACCAUCGCAGGCUUAAACAUCGCGCCGUGCGUGCGCCUCACGAGAAGACGAGAUCAGAAGCAAAGGAGCCAGGUACAAACUAUAGACACAUCGAGACAGCAGAGGAGGAAGCUGCCCGCCCCACCAGUGAAAGCCGAAAAACUGGAGGCAGCUUCAGUGAGCACCGUGAAAACAUUCAACCGCAACUUCAUUCUCCAAGGCUCCUCGACGGGCAGGACUACAGACAGCCGAAGCACCCCCGAGGACCUGACGGAGCCCGCCCUGGAGUCGGCUGCGAUGUAUUAGCGCCAAGGAACACUCCACUGCCAGUGACCCACUGCCUCCGGCCGUACACGACAGUGCCUUGACCCCACAGCCAUCGAACACUGUGUGGAUUCCACCUGAGGACAGGGCCUGGGGAGCCCCGGCGCACAGGGCUGUCCUGACACCUCCCCCAGAAAGCCGCGGUCUCGCCCACUCUCUGCCUUAGGGUCCUAGGGGUGUCCAAGACAGGAAACCCAGAAGCCGGCUUCCAACAGCAGAGCUCCGCCUCCAAACCUGCGUCAUUUCCCUGUUGUCUUGGCUACUGUGUGUCCUUGUAGGAUCUCCCUCCCUCCCUCCCUUUUUUUCUUUCUUUUGUUCUCUCUCUUUCUUUUUAUUCCUUUGAUUCAACUGGAAUCACAUAUCAACAAUUUGUCCAAAGAAAAAUGGUUGCGGUGGGGAUGGUGGAGGGUAGGGAGAAGAGUAUUGUCAUUCAGUUCUUCAUCAUCAGUUCUUAUUCAUCUCUUCCAAGCAUCUUUGUCCUGCAAACGCUAAGGGGAAACAUGAAACUGCCCCUGUAGGGACCGUCAAAAUCGGAGAGCGCUCAGCCAUCAGGAUGCCGGUGUCCCUUCAGCCGCCUCCUUCCUGCUCGGUCCCUAGCCCACCGAACCCCCCGAACCCCCAGCCAUUCCCAUCGCUUUGCGGUCCUGGGCCACAGGAUGAAAGCGCUGAUUCACCCAUGCUGUGCCCAGGUCCAUCUGAAACAAUGGCUCAUGGAGAAUUUAGCGUCUUCCUUGGACUUCCUGAGACUCUCCCCGCUCUGAGGUGGAGAGGCGCUCGAAAGAGAUGGCCAUUGGCUUAACUGUAGGGCACUGUCCGGAGUGGACAGGAGGACAUGGGUGAGUGAUGACCACAUCUGCAUGAUGUGUAGGUCAAUGCAUUGUUGCAAACUGUAGCCAAAUGACAAAAUGUCGUCCCCCGAAAUUUACUCCCCAAUAAAUAUUCAGCAAAAGUAGUAAAAUGACCUUAAAGACAUGAAUGGUUAAGCAAUAGCCAGAAAACUUGCAGGUAUGAAAACAGCCAGGACACAUGGUGACUUGAAUGGACAAAAGAGUUGAUACUACAUUUCACGUUGAUACCAUGUUUCUGGUCUCAAAUGCGUGACUGUGUAGAGUGAGUUUAUAAAAGCAAAUGGAGCUGGAAUUUCGCUCCACCAAUCAUUUUGCUAAUAGAUUCCGAAUCUGAGGAAGAAGGCAAAGCUGGGAGGCAAGGGAAGAGCACGACCGAUUUCACUAUCCUGCUCCUUUUCAUCCAUAUGGCAACCCUGUUCAGUAGGCAUCGCCAUUUUUCAGAUUUGAAAACUGAGUGCCAGGGAGAUUGAUUUGCCAGAGUCAGGCCUGCAAGCUCAGUAUAGUUCGAAUGCCAGCAAGAGCGUCCCUCCACGUCGUUUUCCACUUCUAUGUCCUUUUGCUGCCGGGCGCUCUCCCAGACCCGGCUUGCUGCUCUGAGCUGUGUGUUGUGAGGCCCACUCGGUGGGGUCCGCCUCCCCACAGUACUUCUCGCUGAUGCUGCGAGUGUGUGUGUGUGUGUGUGUGUGAUCUAACAGAAAUGAUGCCUUCGAAAUAAAGUACAUCUUAGUCUCUUUGUUCCAUUGGUGUGAUUCAAAGCAAACACAUGCAAAUGUGAAAAACAGAACGAAAAAAGAUCGGAGUUCCAAAUAGAGCGUUUUCUUUAAGAGGCAUGAAAAGCAACUAUUGUGUUACAGUGUUAAAAUAUUCAGUUUUCCUUGACAAAAAAAAGAAGUGUGUACUGUGUAAGCCUUGCAAAAACAAAAAAACAAAAACAAAAAAGACGAAGAAGCCUGCUCCAUGGCAUUCGAAUUUUUAUAAAGGUUUCCUUGUGCCAAAUACGUAAAAAGAUUUAAUUUACUAUUGAAAACCAUAAGCAUAUGUUAUAGUUCCAGAAGAAUUAUUUUGUCAUCAAGUGAUUUCGAUCUUCUGUGUCAAUAUUUAUAUUUAGAUUAAUUUUUAUAAAUGAAAAUAUUUUACUGGUUUAAGAAAAGGAGGACAUAGGACCGUCUCUGGAAUGACUUCUGAGAGAUCAGCUUGCCUUCAUGCUGUAUGCACUUUGCCAAGAAUUACUGUCGGGAGAGAUGAUAAAGAAGUAAAAGUCAUUUAUGAAAAUAA